CGUAUGGUGACACAGUGGGAAAAGUGUCAUCUGCCACCAUGCUGUCAGAGGGUAGUUCGUUCAUGAAGGGCAUGGUCCUGGGAGGCAUCUUCAGUUUGGUGUUGUCGCUCUUGGGAAGUUUUAGCCCAGGGAUUCAGCCCACUGUGGACGAACAUCUUCACCAUCACGUCAAAGCUCCCAGUAAGGAAGAACUUCAGCACUUUUCCCAAACUCAAAUGUUGGAGCUGACCAAACAGGUGCGCGUGUAUUGCGUCAUUAUGGUCACGCCCAAGAUGCUAGUUUACUGGGCCACUGCAAACGACACAUGGAGCAAACAUUGUGAUAAGGCAGUGUUCUACACCUCAGAACAUGCUAAAGCGCUAGAAGCGGUGGACCUUAAGGAGCAAGACGAGUGGAUAAGAUUACGCAAAGCCUUAAAGCUUACGUAUGAAAACGCUGGAGACCUGCGUUGGUUCUUUAUAGCAAAGCCCACUACUUUUGCCAUCAUCGAGAACCUCAAAUAUUUGUUGCUGGACAAGGAUCCACAGCAACCUUUCUACAUCGGCCACACAGUGAAGUCUGGGGAGCUGGAGUAUGUGGAAUAUGAUAGUGGAAUUGUGCUUAGCUUUGAAGCGCUGAGACGUUUGAUUGAAGUAUUUAAGGAUGAAGGGAGCUGCCCCGAACAAGGCCGCACCCUGUGGAAACUUAGCGAAGAGAAGCAGUUGGGCACCUGUCUGAAGUACAGCGGAGUGUUUGCUGAAAAUGGAGAGGAUGCACAGGGCAAAGGGCUCUUCAAUAAACAGACUAUAAACAGUCUCAUAUCUGACAGUAUGGCUCAAAACCCCGCUGAUAUAGUGGAAGCCUGUUGCUCAGACUUGGCCAUCACGUUCAACGGAAUGUCGGCCACCCAAAUGCAGGUCAUGAUGUAUGGUGUAUACAGGCUUAGGCCGUACGGACACAACUUCCACGAUUCCUUGGAAUUUCUGCCACCCAAUAACUCAAACAAUGAUUGAUGUCACAUCUUUGCAUCAAAAAUGACUCUGUCAAUGAUUACUGUUUCUGUGAUGUCAGCUUAGACUAAACUGAGCAUAUGCUACCCUGUUGAAGUCUAUAUGCAUAGUUCCAAAAGAAUUUAUUUUCAGUAAAUGUACUUUGUGUGAUCUACAAAACUGUUUUACUGGAUUAAAUCCAAAUAUGUUUUAUAAACUUUGUCAUUUUGAGUUUUAUGGAAAAAAAAAAAAACAUUUUCACGAGUUAGCCAAGCUUUGUAAAUCUGACCUGAACAAUAUCAGUGCUGUUUAAUUACAUUUUUUUGUACAGUAUUGAAUUUCACUGUGCAUAGGGACCAGUGUUAGCUCAGUUUAGCAUCGUCAUGGGCUAUUUGGUACAUCGAGGGAGGUGAAUGAAAAAAAAUUAUACCUGAGUUUUUCACUGUGUGUGUGUGUGUUAUAUUUUACUGAGUUUGUGCUGACUGCACUGUUGUGCAGGUGACAUUGUUGAGAGGGUCAUUUAUUCUAAAUGGGUAAAACUUGCACCAAGAUGGUGGGUGUAUCAUCUUAAAUGUAUAUAAAAAAAAACAUGCUUUUGACAUUGAAUGAAGGGAUACGAAAUGAUAUCUAAGUGAUAAUCAGUGAAUGAGGCAUUUGACUUUGCACUUGAGCUAUAUGUUGUUAACUGAAUAUCACACCAUAUAUUUUAUGAAGUGACAACACAAGUAAUCCAGAGUAAGCUAAGCCCUUGAUUUGUGUGGUCCAUCCAGUUAGUAUCAGAUGUGAUUGUGAUAAAAGGUCACAGCAGUGUUGCAGAGAUGGUGUUUUACAGUCCUCAUUGAGUAUACUAACUAGCAAUCCUUUUUCAAAGUUAUAGUUCUGAAAAUACAGAAACGUGAUACAGGUUUUCCCUAUUGGCCCCUCUGGUGGUUGGGUUUGGUAUUAAAGGUCUGUACUAUGGGAAGGAUAUGGUUUUAUCUCAACAGGAUCACAUCUUCCAUCUGUAAAAGCUUGGUUUUAUUUUUUCAUAUUGAAAGUGGGAAUAAUGUUAUUUGAGAAUGAUAAUGGUGAUACAGUCAAAUGGGAUAUUGUGGUGUUUUACUUUCUGAAGCACAUAUAUAGAAUCUCUGGGAAUCAAUGAAGAUAAUUAAAGUUUUUUUUUUUAUGAUAUGGGACGUUGAGAAUUUCAUGAUUGUCUUGUUAAAAAUAAUUUAAAAUUGUUAUCUAUACUCUGAUUACCGUGCUGUGGUAACUGAAUUUAUACAAACUUUUCUCUACAAAUAAAAAACGAACUUCUAGUUAAAAAUUACACAUAUCUGAACCAGACAAAGUAAAAUGAUGUGAUUAUUUAUUGAGUUUGAAAAGAAUUUAAUAAAAUGCAAUUCACACAAA